AAUCCCCUAGAACCCCCCCAACCUUUCCCUUUAUAAGGAGGCCGGUGCCUUAUGUUGAUCUUCCCCCUUCUUCUUCUUCCUCCUGCUCUCUCUCUUUUCUUGAAAUUCUUCUUGUUGGCUAAGUUCUUGAUGUUUCUUGAUCUCUUGAAGGAAGAUUUUGAUGCCAAAAUGGGUUUCUUGUUGGGAGAUUCCAGCUGUUGUUUGAUAGUAACCCAUGUCCUGUACAAAGCAGCUCUUGUAUUUGCAGUGGUGAGAUGGGUCUUGUCUUGGGCUUUUAGGCUCAGAGACAGAAUCACCAUGGCCUCCUCUUCCUCCUCUGUUGAAACAGAGCAUACUUCCUCUGUUUCUUCCCAGAUGAUAAGAAACAACCUGGUGCUCACCACCUAUGGGGAUGCCAUGGAGCGGCUGCCACAGAUCUGUGACACGUGUGCAGUAUGCCUGAGCCAGCUGAGGGAGGAUGAUGAAGUCAGGGAGCUGAGGAACUGCUGCCAUGUUUUCCACAGAGAGUGCAUUGACAGAUGGGUGGAUCAUGAUGGCCAUCAAGAUCAUGAUCAUGAUCAUGAUAAUGAUCAUGAUGAUAAUCACAAGUCUUGCCCGCUCUGCAGAGCCCCCUUGCUGAACCCCUCGCAGAGCUUGGACUGGAGUAUGAAUGAACCCAGUUGGGCUGUGGAGAGACUUCUCUAUCUUUUUGGGGAUGAUCUGCUUCUAUAGUUACCAUGGAUUUUUCCUCCCUUCAUUUUUGACUUUUUUUGGAAGGCUUUUAGAGUAGAUGUGAUUUCAGUGAUCUGUAUAAGUUUAGUCGCUAUAGUCGAAUUUAAUCUUAAUAAUGAAAUCAGUAAUCACUCACUAGUGAGGUUCAAGAUUCUUGGUUCUUGUAUUGUGGUUGGACCAGCUUGGGCUUUCUUUUGUACAUAAUCCAGAGUCACUUUUAUGCUUUAGUAAAGUCUUGUGAUUCUUUUUUAA